AUGUCGACCACAAGACUGUCGCCCUGCGAGAUUGGCUUCUGGUGCAACACAGAAAAAUCUGUGACGGACUCAAAUCUGGACAAAGUAGUAGACAAGAAGGUGGUGAGUACACCUUGGGCUAGUAGCCACAACUCAAGUCUCAUGUCGGGCUUCCUCCAACAACAGCACUCGGACAGUAACCUGCACACGCCGGUUCAUCAUGCUUUCGGCCCCAGCAUCUGGUCACCCAAUUUCCCCGGGGCUGUUAACGGCAGCAGCCGCUUCGCGGCAAGCAGCCUGACCUCCAACAGCCCCCUGAAGGAACCGUCGGAGAUCGGCUGCGGUACUUCACUGUUCAACAAGAACAAAUUCCGAAACCGCUCGUCCAGCGACAAUGACCAACAUCUCCUGGAGCAAAACGGCCGUGGGGGCUUCUCAAUGAAUGCUUUGCGCUACAAGACCGAGCUGUGCCGCCCCUUCCAAGAAUACGGCAAGUGCAAGUACGGCGAGAAGUGCCAAUUCGCACAUGGUUUCCACGAGCUGCGCAACUUGAGCCGGCACCCCAAGUACAAGACGGAGCCGUGCCGCACCUUCCACAGCAUUGGCUUCUGCCCCUACGGGCCCCGCUGCCACUUCAUCCAUGAUAUGCCUUUCGAGGGCCCGUUGGGGAACCGGCGCUCCUUCAGUGGCCGUGGCCGCGGCCUUGACUUCCACCCCGGUGUUUCCCAGGAGCCACGACAGAAGGUGAACCCUAACUUAAAUUUCUUAGGCUUCCCGUUGGACAACGAGCAGCCGACAAAGCUGCUCGACAGCCCCAUUUGGCGCUUGCCCUCCCCACUCUCCUGCUUCAGGGAUGAGGCGGCCUCCACACCCUCAGGCACCUCAAUGAGCUCUGCCUCAGGGGAAGUGGCCCCCGCCACACCGCAGAGCAGCUCCAUGGACAAACUGUUCCCGCCAGGGACCUCGUUUGCAAACAAUGCCUUUGACUUUGGCCUCGAGCUGAGCAGCCUGAUCUCGCCUGUGGCCACGAAGACCCAUAAUUUUGCCGGGGUGACCACCCAUUGCAAUAGCAACCAUCAGCAGCAGGACCCAGUGUCCCUCGCGCAGACACUGGCAGAGCCCAGCGGGCCUAUCCCCUCCAGCGCCGCCGCAGCCGCUGCCGCCGCGGCCACCACAACACACACGCCGCUCUUCAGCUUCCAGCAGCUGCACCGACUGUCCAAGUCCAUGUUUGACGUGCCUUCCAGCUCUCCAGACUUGCUGUCGGACCGCGACAAAUACCAGAGCAGCUCUCUGAGCUCAGGCAUCUUCAAUGGAUCCGAGGACCCCAGCCUUGAACCUAACCACCGCCUGCCAAUCUUCAGCCGCCUGUCCAUCUCAGACAAUUGA